AUGGCUGAGCAGCUACANUUGCAGGUCCUGCAGGAGAUGCAGAGACAGAUGCAGGAAAUGAGAGCGGAGAUAGCGGCUCUGCGGGCAGAGCGGGAAAACGUGGUGGUGGGGGCUUCGGUGCAGUCGGUCAAUGUGCAGACAAUCCACUCUGGAGAUGAGGAGGUCAGUCGGCGGCCUUCGGUGGAGGAGGUCGGAGAAGCCGUAGGAGGAGCAGUGGUGGGGAGAGGUAGAGGAAGGGGAGCUGGCCGAGGGGAGGGGCCAGUGAGGAGAGGGCUCGGUAGGGGAGCUGAACCGAGCGGCAGAGGAGUCGGUGGGAGAGAAGGCUUGAACGGGAGGGGGAGAGGGAUAGACGGCCAAGGAAGAGGAAGGGGCAGAGGUGAGGGAAACAUAGGGCGUGACCAGGACAAUCUGGAGGGGCGAGGGGAGUCUGAGCGGCAAAACCCGCAGUUUGAAGAGAUCUGGGAGGGGGACCAGUUCGACCAGGCCGAGGGGUUGCACCCAUUCACUCCAAACGUCAUGGGGGCAGUAAUGCUGGAGAACAAGGUUUUUCCUUGGGUUGAGAAGUACGGGGGUACGUCAGACCCAGUGAAGCAUCUGAGGUCGUUCGUAGACGCCAUGGCGGUCUACUCAUCCAACGAGAUGGUCUGGUGCCGGGUAUUUUCUCUGUCUCUGAAGGAUGAGGCCUUGGAUUGGUUUCACUCAUUGCCGCCUCGCAGCAUCGACGGUUUCAUUACCCUGAGGNAGNUGUUUAGCCAGCAGUAUGCCUCAAAUCGUUCGCGAGGUUUAACUUAUACCGCCCUUGUCAGGAUGAAACAAGGGCGGGAGGAAUCGCUGAAGGGGUUUAUGGAGCGNUUCAACCGAACCGCUCGGCAGGUGCGGAACGUAGACCAACGGCUGAUAGUGAGCGCGCUCACGACAGCGCUUAGGCCCGNCCCUUUCGUAGAUUANCUGUAUGAGGAAGAGCCCCAAUCUAUGGCUGAACUACAGAAUAAACUGGCCGGGUUUAUAAGAAUAGAAGAGGGGAGAUCGUAUCGUAACGAUCAGGGGGAAGAAGGAGGAGNGAGGGAGAAGCCUGGGCGGGACCGGAGGGGAGAGAAACGACCGGUCGGCGGGGAGCAUAGGUCGACGGUGAAGCGGGGCGCGGAAAUACAAAGAGCACAACANUAUUUCCAUCACACUCCGUUGAGUGCCCCAAGGGUGAGAGUCUUGGAAGAGGCCUUGAGGGCUAAUUUACUGACGGUGGCGAGGUCCCCCACCCCUCNGGGUGCGGACGAAAGUAAGCAUUGCCGNUACCAUCAGAACAUGGGACAUUCCACGGAAGAUUGCGUAGCACUGAGAGACAAGUUAGAAAGUUUGGUACAGGCGGGUCACUUGAGGGAAUUUGUUAGAAGGGAAAAUCCUAACCCAAGAGGGGCCGCGGAAAGACCCAGGGGUCAUUUACCGGUCGGCCAGAGGGCUCAACCGGCCGUCGAACGGACGGAGGGCGAGGGAAGCGGCGNUANNCCUCUGAGGGGAGUGAUAAACACCAUCUCGGGUGGGUUUGCCGGGGGAGGGGCGUCUUCGGCCGCCCGGAAGCGACAUCUGAGAAANCUNCACAGCGUGAACAAGGUGGCGGUCGGUAGAAGAACCAUGCCGACCAUAACAUUCUCGGAUGAGGAUUUCCACGCGCCGGACCCCGAUCANGACGACCCCAUGGUUAUAACGGCCAUCAUCGCUCGGUACAGUGUGGGAAAGGUAUUGGUAGACCAGGGGAGUUCGGCCAAUAUCCUAUACUGGAAGACCUUCCAGCAAAUGGAGAUACCGGACGAGGCUAUCAGGCCAUUUAACGAGCAAAUUUUGGGGUUCGCAGGAGAACGGGUUGACACAAGGGGGUACGUGGAUCUAAAGAUGAGUUUGGGGUCAGAAAUGGGGGCGAAAGAGCUAAGAGUGCGUUUCCUCCUGGUAGAAGCAGACACUUCUUACAACGUGUUGCUGGGACGGCCGUGUCUCAAUGCGUUCGGAGCAAUAGUGUCAACCCCGCACCUAGCUAUGAAGUACCCGGCGGAUGACGGCACAAUCCGAACGGUCCGAGCCGAUCAGAAGGUAGCAAGGGAAUGUUAUGCAGCAGGGUUAAGAGUGCAACCCCCGAGACAUAGGGUAUGUGAGACCCGAGCGGCUAUAUCGACGGCAGAGUUGGACCCGAGAGAAGACACCACCGACCGGGUGGAACCGAUGGGAGAUGUCCAGCCAUGUCUCCUGGAAAAUGAGGAUCGGGUGACGAUGGUCGGUAGAGACCUUCAAGAGGACGAGCGGCGGAGGUUGGAGGAGGUGCUGGUAGAGAACAAGGACCUAUUUGCCUGGACUGCGUCAGACAUGCCAGGGAUUCAUCCUGAUGUUAUUUCACAUAGGUUGUCCGUCUUUCGANAUGCCCGACCGGUAUCUCAGAAGAAAAGAAGGUUAGGCGUAGAAAAGAGAAGGGCGGUAGGUGAGGAGGUGGGGAAGUUAAUCGAGGCCGGGUUUAUCAGAGAAGUCAAGUACACUACUUGGUUGGCAAACGUAGUCAUGGUCAAGAAGGCCAGCGGUAAGUGGAGAAUGUGCAUUGACUUUACCGACCUGAAUAAAGCUUGCCUGAAGGAUACAUACCCCCUGCCGAACAUCGACGCGUUGGUGGACGGGGUGUCAGGGUAUGAGGUGAUGAGUUUCCUGGAUGCCUAUUCGGGGUACAAUCAGAUACCCAUGUACCGGCUGGACAGUGAUAAAACCGCCUUCAUUACUGAGCAGGGAACCUUCUGCUAUGAGGUCAUGCCCUUCGGACUGAAGAAUGCAGGGGCUACAUACCAGAGGUUGAUGGACAAGGUUUUCCAAGGGCAAAUAGGCAGGUGCAUGGAAGUGUACGUUGAUGAUAUGGUUGUUAGGAGCCGGUCGGUAGAGGAGCACCUAUCGGAUUUGAAAGAAGUCAUGGGGCAACUCCGAAAGUUCGAUAUGCGUUUAAAUCCUGCUAAGUGUACCUUCGGGGUAAGGGCCGGGAAAUUUCUGGGGUACAUGCUGACCGCUCGGGGAAUCGAAGCAAAUCCCGACAAGUGUAAGGCGGUGUUAGAGAUGAGAAGUCCGCAGACAGUGAAAGAGGUACAGAGGUUGGUCGGGCGGUUGACCUCCUUGUACGAUUCCUCCCCCAUCUAGCUGGUCGGUCAAAGCCGAUCGUCCGGGCGAUGAAGAAGACCGCACAGGGAUGUUGGGACGAGGAGAGCGAGGAGGCUUUUAGGCGUAUAAAAGAAGUUCUUACCCAGCCCCCGGUAAUGGGCCGCCCGGAGCCGGGUCACGAAUUGCAAGUAUACUUGACAGUUU